AUGAAGAGGCAAAGAGGCGCAAGUGUGAAUAGUCUUAACAACCUCAAAAAUCCUCCCAAUGUUGAAGAUGUGGUUUCAACAAUGGAGAAGAAAAAAGGAAAGAAAGAGGAGCAUGAUGAACAAAAGGUGAGCAUGGUGAUGGAAGAGAAGAAGGAAAUCAAAGAUAUGUGUGAGGAAACAACAACAAUAAGGGAGGGUGUGAUUAGUAGUAAUGUGAUGAGUUGGAAUAAUAGGGAAGAGUAUAUGCCAUCAUGGUUGGGAGGUAGUAGUAUUGUGGAUGAACAAAUGUCAUGGGGCUCAACUUGGUUCCCUGGUUGGGAUAUGGAUUUCAUGAUGGGUGAAGCUUUUAAUUCUCUCUAUAGUGAUGUUGUUUGGGGUGAUGAUAUUUGGAAUCUCAAAAAUGAAAUUCCAAUUCCAUUACAUGGAAAAAAGUUUGAGCUUGAAUAA